AUGGCGUUGCCCAAGAGAAUCGUGAAGGAGACCGAGCGUCUUAUGGCCGAACCCGUUCCCGGUAUCAACGCAGUGCCCCAUGAAGAAAACCUGCGAUACUUCGAUGUCUCGAUUCAUGGACCCGCGCAAUCUCCGUAUGAAGGUGGUAUCUUCCGUCUCGAGCUGUUCCUACCUGAAGACUACCCAAUGACUCCCCCCAAGAUCCGGUUCUUGACCAAGAUCUAUCACCCUAACAUCGACCGUCUCGGACGAAUUUGCUUGGAUGUCUUGAAGAACAACUGGUCCCCCGCUCUCCAAAUCCGCACAAUCCUCCUCUCAAUCCAGGCUCUGCUCGGUGCCCCCAACCCCGACGACCCGCUUGCCAACGACGUUGCUCAGCGCUGGAAGGAGGAUGAGCCGGCUGCGAUCCAGACAGCGAAGGAGUGGACCCGGACGCACGCGAUGACUUAG